GAGGAUUACGUACAUCUUCAACGAAUAUUCUGCAAUCUGACCCCAACAAGCGGAGACGGGACGAGCGAGCGAGUGUGCUGUUUGAUGGCGCUGGCUGGUUAGAGGCAAGAAGAGGACAACAACACAUCACAAGUCAACAACCAGGUCGCCAGCAAGGAGGCAAGGGGGCAAGGAGCACCAGGAGCUGCACAGCUCGCGGGCAGAGAAGCCGUGUGUGCGCGCGCGUGUGUGCGUGUGUGUGUGUGUGCGUGGUAGAGGCGGCCAGUACAGUUGUGUGUGCCCAUCAUGCCUCGCCCCAAGCACCAUCACCACCACAAGACCAAGGCGGGCGGCUCCACCAUCGGUGGUGAUGCCAAGGUCAAGGUGGCUGUUCGUGUGAGGCCAUUGAGCGCCAAAGAGAAAAAGCUGGACAGGGAGCCAUGCGUCACCAUGCAAGACACGCAGACCAUCCUUCACAACCCAAAGACUGAAAAGCGCAAGGUGUUCAACUUUGACCACAGCUUCUGGUCUGUGAAUCACGAGGAUGAGCACUUUGUUGGGCAGGAGCACGUGUUUGAGUCGCUUGGAAGGGAGGUACUGGAAAAUGCCUUCCAAGGAUACAACGCCUGCGUCUUUGCUUACGGCCAAACAGGCUCUGGCAAGACGUACACGAUGAUGGGGCCGCCGCAGCGACAGCAGUCGCAGCUGCAGAAGGAGGAGCUGGGCAUGAUCCCGCGAUUGUGCGAUGACAUAUUCGCGCGCAUCGCCGCCAACGAGGACGAAACCAUCAAGUACAAGGUCGACGUCAGCUACAUGGAGAUCUACAACGAAAAGGUGCAAGAUCUGCUCAAUCCAACACAGCGCGGCAACCUUCGCCUGCGCGAGCACAAAAUCCUCGGCCCUUAUGUCGAAGGCCUCUCCAAGCUCGCCGUCAACAGCUACUCGCACAUCAAAUCCCUCAUGGAUCAAGGCAACAAGGUGCGGCACACGGCUGAGACGCAGAUGAACCGGGAGUCCAGCCGUUCGCACGCCGUGUUCACCAUAACCGUCACCCAGGCCAGAUACUUUGCUGCAACAAAGACAACUGGCGAAAAGAUGAGCCGGAUCAGCCUGGUUGACCUGGCCGGCAGCGAGCGGCACGGAAAGACAGGCACGACAGGCAUGCGGCUGGUGGAGGGCUCGAGCAUCAACAAGUCGCUCACGACACUAGGGCUCGUCAUCUCUGCCCUCGCCGACAACUCGGCAGCGGGGAAGCAGCGCUUCAUCCCGUACCGUGACUCCACCCUCACGUACCUGCUCAAGGACAGCCUGGGCGGCAACUCGCGCACGGUGAUGGUGGCGACCAUCAGCCCGUCCACGUUCAACUUUGAGGAGUCGCUGUCCACGCUGCGGUACGCGGACCGGGCGAAGCGCAUUGUGAACCAUGCCAUUGUGAACGAGGACCCGAACGCACGCGUCAUUCGCGAGCUGCAGGACGAGCUGGAGCGGCUGCGGGCCGAGGUUGGGACAUACAGCAAAUCGGAUUCUGAAGAGUUGCUGGCGACCCGGAUGAAACUCAAGGAAACAGAGGCGCUCAUUGACGAGCUGAACGUUUCGUGGGAGGAAAAGCUCAAACAGACGGAACGCCUGCUUGAGGAACGCAGCAAGCUGCGGCGGUCUGGCUCUGUGGGUGCCGUGGAUGCGGCUGCCAUUCGCGCGCAGGUGGAGGCACGAUCCAAGGCAGCGGCACAGCAGGCAAAGCAGCGCAGACAACAACAACAGCAGCAGCAGCAGCAGCAGCAGCGUGGUGGUGGUGAUGAUGCUGCAGAGGGAUGGGAUGCGCCCCCAUUCCAGGAUGCAAGGAUGAGUGGUGGCAGCGGCACAGGCCUGGGGCCAUCAUCAUCGUCGUCGCACUUGACACCCGGCGAGCAGCGGCAGGUGCGGUGGGCAAAGCAAAUGCAGGCGCGCGGGUCGACAGAUUCACAGCAACAGCGGCCACAGCAGCAGCAGGCUUCACAACAACAGCGGGCACAGCAGCGACCACAGACACAGCCGUCUGCUACGUCUCAGCCAUCGCAGGCUGUGGCGCCGCGCCGCCGCCACCAAUCGCAACCGCAGCACUUCCACCACGAGCGAGAUCAGUACCUGCAGCAACAGCAGCGCAUGCACACUCCACAAGAGUCACAGCAACCGCAGCAGUCACAGCAGCCGCAGCAACCCGGUGCGGGUGCGCGCAUGUCUGCGUCGUCGUCGUCGUCCAUCGCCUCGAUUGGCAUUGGCGGCGCGCUGGCCACAACAUCGAAGGACGUGACCAUGGCACACGCGUUUAUGAAGAUUAUGAAGGCGCAGGACGAAUGGACACGGGCCAAGGAGCGGCAGAAGAAGAGGGCUGAGCAUCAGGAAGCGCGCAAGAAGAAGCAUUUGCUUGCCGAAUACCAGGAUGGGCAGAAGAAGCACAGCCGCCUGUUAGGUCUCAAAUCCAAACACAGCCAACCUCGAUUGUAGUUUCUUCAAGGUCGUUUGUGGUGUUGGCUGUCCGCUGAUGAAGAUGUGCGGCUGAUGCCUGCCUUGUUGUCUUGUUCGUUUCUUUCGUUUCGUUUGUUUCGUUCGUUUCGUUUGUUUCGUUUGUUUUGUUUGUUUCGUUUGUUUCGUUUGUUUGUUCUUUGCCACCCGUCGGCCGUGUCGAGUUGUUACAUUACAUGGAUCCAUUAACGUUGCUUGUGUUGUUUUGACUCUUGGCGUUUCUUGGUCUGGGGCUUGCUCCCUCCCUUCCUCCUUUCUCUUCUCGGCGGCUGUAGUGUAUGUGACGUUUGUGUAUUGAUUUUUCUUCUUCUCUCCUUCCUUGUUUCUCACCAGGAUCAUGCAUAAACCGUUGAACUAGGGCA